CGGAGCGGAGCGCGGCGGCGGCAGCGCGAAGAAGGAGAGCCGCUGAAGUUGUAGCUCCAAAAAGUUUGCCGUGUAUCUUUCACCUAGUGUUCCAGAUCAGGAACCACAGGGGGGGGGGGAGGAAGAGGCCGAGGGACUGCUGACUGCUGACUUUUCCUUUCCCUUUUCCACGAGCAACUUUGUGGGAGCCGUCCUGCUCUGUAAAACUUCAGCAAGCCUGCUAAAGAAGCUGAAAGAACAAAGAAUGAAAACACCUGGAGAAAGUGGGUUCGCCUUCCCAGACUGGGCAUACAAGCCUGAGUCGAGCCCCGGGUCCAGACAGAUCCAGCUGUGGCACUUCAUCCUGGAGCUGCUCAGAAAAGAAGAGUAUCAUGAUGUCAUCGCCUGGCAGGGGGACUACGGCGAGUUUGUCAUCAAGGACCCGGAUGAAGUGGCCCGGCUGUGGGGGGCCCGGAAAUGUAAACCCCAGAUGAACUACGAUAAGCUUAGCAGGCCAUUAAAAUACUACUACAACAAGAGGAUACUCCAUAAGACCAAAGGCAAGAGGUUCACAUACAAGUUCAACUUCAAUAAACUGGUUUUGGUCAACUACCCCUUCAUUGACAUGGGCUCCACUGGAAGCAGCGUCCCACAGAGCGCUCCUCCUGUCCCCACUGGUGCAGGGACUCACUUCCGUUUCCCUCCCUCCACACCAUCUGAAGUCCUCUCCCCGAAUGAAGACCUACGCAGCCCUGGUGGCAUGUUCAGCUCUGUGGCCCGACGUAUGGCCCGUGGCUCCGUUAGCGACUGCAGCGAUGGCACCUCUGUCAAUUCUGAGAUUGAGGAUGGCAACACGGGAGCGGGAGAAGAGAGGGGAGAGAGGGGUGUGAGUGGAGGAGGACAUGGUGGUGUUGGUUACAGAAGCAUCAUUCAUCCACGUCUUUCUCAUGAAGCCCUGUUUCGCAUGUACGGAGGACCAGGCAACCCCGCUGGACACCCAGGCUCCCGUGGCCCUGCUGGGCACCGGAUCCACCAAGAGCCCCUGUCCCCCUUCCCUGUGUCUCCUUUACCAGGACCAGGAGGAGCCGGUCUGCUAGCACCUCCUCUGUCUCCAGCGCUCUCCAUGACCCCAACAUCUCACCUCCCCUACACCCCCUCACCCACACUGUCACCAAUGUUAGGCUCUCACUUCUCCUUCAACGCUGAGGACAUGAAACGCUACCUGCAGGCUCACACCCAGUCCGUGUACAACUACGGCUUGAGCCCCAGAGCCUUCCUCCAGUACCCCAACAUCGUCAUCCCUCAGCCCCACCGGCCAUCUGCAGAAAAAACCCUGACCGGAGAGAGAGGAGAGAGAGCAGAACGAGUAGCUGCCGGGGUAGGAGAGCGGCACCAUCAUCCAUCCCUGGCUCACUCCGCCCACCACCAUCCGCAUUCGCAUUCGCAUCCGCAUCCGCAUCCGCAUCCGCCUCAUUCCGCCCAUCCUCACCCCCAUUCUCACUCCAUGCACCACUCGCUCCACCUGGGUGAGGAACCUCCACACAUGUCUCCCUUCAAGUUCAAGCUGCAGCCACCACCGCUGGGCAGGAAGCAGAGAGAUAGUCAGAGUAAACCCAGGCAGAGCUCCAUGUCCUCAGGCUCAGGAUCUGGGUCCAUGUCAUCUACAUCUGGCCUCGGCUCCUCGCUGUCGUUUGGCAGCGACCUAAGCUCAGCCAGUGGCUCAGGCCUGAUUUCUGCCUCCUCCUCGACACAGUCCCUAAACAGUGCAGGACUUCCCAAGAUAAAGGUGGAGCCCAUCUCUGAUAUCGAGUCAGAGGAAGAGGUGGAGGUGACCGACAUUAGUGAUGAGGACCCAGAUGAGCGAGAUGAGGAUUUUGAGCUCUUUUCCCCUCGCCACCCCAGACCCCUCAACCACCACCACCACCACCACCACCACCAUCACCAUACUAACGGCACAGCAAUGCCCAAACACCAUCCCCAUCCUGAUGAGGACCUUGAUGAGGACGUGUUCAAAGCCCCUGCUCCGCCUCCGCCUAGCCUGAUGCCCUUCUUCACCUCACAUCACACACACUCCACUUUGCAUCGCGGGUUGCCCACCCUCAAGAGUGAACCCAUUGAACCAGGGGAUGGUCACACACCUCCCCCUCAGACAGGGUCGGCUGGAGCUUCCCAGACAAAAUGCAUCCCCCUAAAGUUGCGAUUCAAGAGGCGCUGGAGUGAAGACCAGCGCAUGGAGGCCUCACAGGAGGAGUCGGACGACAAGAAAGUACGACCCCAGGAGGAGAGGGAAAAGGAGAGGCAAAGUAAUGGACGGAUGGAGAUGGAUGAAGAUGGGACAGGCAGCGGGGAUGGAGACAGUCCUCCACCGUUGACGUACGAGGGCUCUUUAACCACACCGUUGUCUUCACAGCGGAGAGUGAGUGCUGAGCUGCAUCGUGCCACUGCACAGCUGUCUCUGGAAAACAAAGACUGCUGAUGUGAGACACAAACACUACUGCUCCAGUAGUACUGGAGGUGGAACAGGGGUGUGUAAAUGGUCUCUCUGUAAUCCCUCUUCCACACUUGCAAACUAGAUUCCUGAAACCUCCAGUGAACUGAGAGCUCAGUCCAACAUACACACAUACUAAACCUUCACCUCAAAGAAAGCCUGACUCUUGUUUUGUCAAAUCUUUCACCAGACCUCUGUCUGGAUCAGGGUUCUUCUGGGACACAUCUUUUUUGGGAGGUGGGACUCACUCAGACUAAGCCAUGCCAGCCAACAGUGACUGUGAUGGGGGUGAAAUCAGAGGGAGGCUCCCCUUAUGAAACUUGACUCCAAGUUCACCUCCCACCUGGCCAGUGAAGCUCCCCAUGCCCUGCACCGGUAGCACAGCUCCCUCAUUCAGACCCCAUCCGUCAAAUCAGCAGCACUUUCCUGAGGAGACACACACUUCCCUUAAAACCCAGAAACCAACCUAGGAUGAUGUUGCUUACACUCUCCCCUAUGUUUUUUUUCCUGAAAGCUGGUGGGACUUCGAUAAGUGCCUGUAUCUAAAACCCACAACCCUGGAUGUACAGGAAAGAUAACAAAGGAUAAAGAAGAGUGCAAUGAUAAAUCAUUCUUUAAGUCAUGAAAUGCUUGUAAAGUUCAAAAAGAUACUGACAAAAACAAGUGUGUCUCAAAGACUGAAGAGUGGGGCUGUUUUAAACCUGGCCCACUCCACUCAGGGAAGUCUAUUGCUGUAUGUUUAUUGGAAUCAUGCACACAAACACACAGGCAAAAACACAGCCAACAGUGAAGAAGACCCACAAUGGAAAUCACAGAAGUACACACACACAUUCACAAAUACACUGACUUUGACUCUCGCACACUGUUCUCUUAGAGCUUUUGACUUUUGUAUAACCUUUUCCUGUCUCUCUCCUGUCCUGUUACUUUUUCUCUUGCGAACCACCUGUGGAAACAUGACUCGAUUUAAGAAAUAGUUGUAACCCCAGGAAGAUACUAGUUGAAGCAUGACGAGGAGACCAUUGUAGAAAAAAGGACAGCAUAUGGGACCAACAGUGGGGGAAGGCAGCAGGAUGGAUUCUGAGGCGUUCAUGUAACUGUUAACCAGCCUAAUCACCUCAUCUAACAUGGCUUGUAUAUUUAAAAACAAAUCUGCAGGCCAAGCAGCACAGAAUACCAGAUCACCAGCUAAAGCUCCUCUAACAAUCGUAAUGUUAAACUAAACCAGCAAACACACAUACAGACACAACACUGCCUUUUGCUCCCAAAUACACACACACACACACACUGUCCGGACCUCCAGCUCUCCCUGAAGUGGCAUCAUCCUCAGACUCUGACAGUGUUUAACGCUGCCAGGCCUGUGAGAGUCUGAGAGAGCAGGGAACACCUUAGACCUCACACACACUUACACUCACACACAGCCUAUCUAUGCCUUGUUUUUAUAGGAUGUAUAAAAGUGCAAACUGAGCUCUAAUAACACACAAACAGACUAUAUCUUUAUAUAUUCUAAAUAUUAUAAUUAAAUGAGUUACAUUUUAAAGACAGCCAUAGCAUUUUAAUGGUAAGAAUGAUUUUGUAAGUGGAUUUUUUUUUUUUUUUUUUUUUUGAAGUGAUAAGAAACUUGUUUAGUGAUAUACGGUUACAUGGAGGGUGGGUGGACAAGAUAAAGAGGGGUGGAGGUCCAGGUUUGUCUUGUAAAUUUGUUUCAUAGAAGAAACAAGCCACAAGACCAGCAUAGGAGUUCAAGAUACUGACAAUGACUCACUCUGCUGUUCACUGUAUUUUCAGCACGCAGCACUCUUCUUCUUCCUGUCUACACAGUCUAGCUUAUAGGGUUCUCCCAGGCUUGUGCUCUCCUGGCCCUAGGCCAUCUCUCCAGGCUCUCUGUGUGUGUGCUUAGUGUUAGCCAAUGGGUUAUUAGUUAAGUAGUAAUCCUGUCUUUUUUUUUUUAUUCCACUUAGCAUAAUGCUCCAAAGUUCACUGCAGCAAGGGGGAGGGGGUAAAGGGGUUAAUCAUUACUGUAUGAUAGCCUGGAACAUGUGAGACCCUGUCCUUAAAGGCCCCUCUCCUACAACUAUGCACAUUUACACAUACACAAAUGAUUAUGUCUAACAUCCUGGAGGCCAGGUCGUCGAGGGCUCUGAUUGGACACCAAGGCGAGCUGUGUUAAACAGCAGCCUGUCCCCUCCUGGCCAGCGACAAGUCAGAUCUAUUGCAGCGACCUGUGAGAUCGACAGCCUCCAGGCAGUCUGUGUGGCUGAGCUGAUUGAAUUUCCUCAUCAGACCCCUGUGGGCUGGACUGGAGCAUGUCACAACACACACACACACACACACACACAGACACACACAGACAGACACACACACACACACACACAGACAGACACACACACACACACACACACACACACACACACACACACACACACACACACACACACACACACACACCCAGUCCUGAGUCUGUACCUGAACUGAUAGCUGCCUUAUUACUACUUGUCAUAUCUCAGUAACAGAUGAGGAAUCUGUCUUACCUGCUCUGCACUCUUUCUCUCUCCUCUUUCCAUUUCCUUUUUUCCUCACUCUGUUUCAGGCAUUUGUCUGACGUCCCGCUAACUGAGGGGCAGUCUGACUCAGUCAUGAUAUUGCAGGGUAAAAAGAUUGACUGGACUCUUGAUUGUAACACAGGCUAUCUCUCGUCCUGUUCCUGGCCUCUACAGUCACUGAGUGGUAGAUAAACAGCACAGUUACAUUUCUCUAUCAGAAGAAGAAAGGUUUCUCAGUUUAUUUUUCUGAUGUUGAUAUUGAUUAUUGUUGGUGUUAUUAUUGUUCCCAUUGGGUUAUGUACCUUUCCAUCUGGCAUUAUUAUUAUUCCAUGGCUCUGUUAGCGGUUGCUUUUUAUGUUGUGUACAUCCUUUCUCUCUUUCAAACCUUGAAGCCCCAUAAACCAGAGAUGUUUUACUUAUAUUUAGUUUUUACAAAUGUAAAAUAACUCAAAUGUGUAAUAUUAAUUUUGAUGCUGACAGAAAAAAACACCCAGGGCAGAGAGAAGAAGGGCAGUGGCAAAGGAUUUUAUUUAGAGGGAGAGGGAGGAGUGAUUUUAUCUUUUUGUCAUGUAUUGUAAUUUUUGUUUUAUAAUGUUACUAUUAUCUCUCUCUUGCUCUUGUAAAUUUUUUCUUGUUUUUUUUUCUUGGGGGGGGGGGUUAUAUUUCAAAAGAAGAAAAAAGAUGUGUAUUGUUCGACUCUGUAAAGGUCUAUCUUCCCCCUCUUUCAGUCUCUUCUUUUGCCUUGUCUCCCCCGAGCAGUUACAUAACACUCAGAUGGAGAGAUGAGAGUUAAUACCAUGAUGUAACAUUGAAUUUCUCCACUUCUUUAGUGUUUUUUUCCCAAACUUGUAAUUAAGCUGUAAUCAGGGUUAAUUAAAACUGGUUAAAACCCAAUAUGAA